AUGGCCAGGAUGGGCAAAACGCUUCAGCGGCGUCGAGGGUCGAACCCGAUGGACCUCACGUGGAUGGCAGCGUGCAUGAUUGGAAUUUUGCUGUUUUGCAGCAGGGAGGUCGUUGCAGCUCAGCUUAGUGAAGGCCUUCAACACCGGCGUUUGCAAACUAAGUUCACGACUGUUGCGCCCACGUUCGGGGAUGCGGUCGCCACUUGCAAUUUAACAGGAGCACCUGCGGCAGCCUCUACGCCUGCUGCUACUUCACUGACGCUGUCGCAAAAAAGUCUCACUGCUACCCUGGUAUGCACAGGAACACAACUCGUGACGGUACCGGCCAGCCUAGUUUACGUGUGUGGCCCAAAGCGAAGCGAUGAAGAUACCACCUGCCAGUUUGACGGCACCACGGCUGACGGGAAAGAGGUCAAACUGAAAGAUUUCCUCGGAGCAGACCGCGAUGUUAAGUGGGCAGAGACGCAACAAGAGCAAAGUAAGGAACCAAAGGCAGCAAGCACAAAAACAUGGACGCUGCAGCUCGAGGAGGCAGACCUUCCUUUGUCUGACAAGAGCUUCCUUGUCGGGUGCCAAGAAACCACUGCCCCUGCGCCAGCAAAUCGUAACGCGUGCAAGGUCACGGUGACCGUCGAAGCAAGAGCUUCUUCUGUUGGGGAUAGGAACGUCGUCACCUGCGCGUACGGCAAAAACAGCAACCCUGAGCCCCUGAAGGUUGAGAUGACAACAGAAAACAACACCCUCACUCUUCAGUGUGGUUCCGAGGGUAUUCUCCAUCCGACUACAUACAGAACUCGCUACUGCGACCCUGAGGCCCCAAACUUUCAGGAGUGCAACCAGAAGGAUUAUACAGGUAUUCUUCCCGGUUUUGUGGAGAGCUGGUGGACAAAUGCGGACACGGAGAGUUCCGCUACGCUGACAAUCCCAGAGACUGAGUUUCCUGAAUCAAACCAGCAAUUCCGUUUGAGUUGUGUUCCCAACGCGGCAGAUUCUUCGGGAUCUGAUGAUACAGCGAAGACUAGCAAGGGUGGGGCAAACGACGGCUCACAGACGGUUGCGGCUACGUCGAACUGCAAUGUGAUUGUGACUGUCAGGUCCGGAAGCUCUGCGUCGUCAACUGGUCAAAUGGUAGCUACAGUCUCGGGCACGGCCGCUUUGAUCGGGCUCCUCGUGGCCUCGUUGUAA